GAAGUUCUUCCCCCGGAUCUGAGCUGUGAGAACACCGUAUACGAAUACGGCGCCGGCCUCUACGAUGUCCUCCCAGAUGGACGGCUCAUCUUCUCCGACCAGGACAACGCGGUGAGGAUCUUGGAACCGGAUGCCAAGUAUGCCUCUGUAUUGAUCAAAUCCCCCGUGUUGAGGUACUCUAGCUUUAGUGCAAACGCAAAAAGCCCAUGGGUUCUGGCAAUUGAGGAAGACCACACCGAGGACACCCCUGACAAGGUCAAAAACUAUCUUGUUGCAAUCAACAUUCUGACUGGCCAAGUUGAGAGAAUUGUCUCAGGAGCCGACUUUUAUUGGCUACCACAGUUCAACUCAGACGGUUCCAAGAUUGCAUGGCUCGAGUGGGAUCAUCCCGAUCUCUUCUUUGAUGCCUGUAAGCUAUAUACAGCUGACUUUUACGCGAUCGGCACUAUUCGGGGCAAACGACUGGUCGCUGGUGGAAAUGGAGAGAGCGUCACCGAGCCACGAUGGGGUGUAGAUGGCAGUACUCUGUUCUUUGCCCAAGAAACCGGUGGAUAUCGUCAGCUGUUCAGGAUGGAGCCAAAUAUUCACGGCGAAAGCCGGAUUGAGCUAAAGAAGAUUGAGCUCAGGGGCUUGGAAACGUCUGAGAUGGGAGAAGUCGAUUUCUUUGAGGGAAGCCGUACCUUUGUUCCCGUUACGGAACGGUUCCUGGCAGCAACCGUGACGUCAAACGCCGCGCAACGACUCAUAAUCAUAGAUCUACAAGAUAAUUCAUGGAGGGAGGCCGCCGAUGGAGAUAUACUCUGCGUGAUCACUUGGGAUGCCGUUAUUCGAUUAGACGACUCUCAUGUUCUUGUCGUGGGCGGCGGGACCGAUAUCCCUCAGGCGCUACACAAGAUAAAUAUUCACCAGCCCAAAGAGAACGAAAUUCUUCGCCUCUCUGUUGACGAACAGUUUCCGAAAGAGCUUAUUGCAAAGCCUGAAAUCGUCUGUUUCCCCUCUGGAGGGUUCCCGAGCCAUACCAUCUACGGGUUCUUUUGGAAACCGACGAGCGAUAAGUAUUUGCUGGAUGUGAGCGUCCCAUAUCCUCUCAUCAUCAAUGUCCAUGGGGGUCCGACCAGUCAUGAAGGGCCGGGGCUCUCAUACAAAAUCCAAUACUUUACAUCUCGAGGAUACGGCUACUUGGCCCUGAAUUACGUUGGAUCUACUGGAUACGGACGAGAAUACAGGAAUGCCUUAUGGGGUAAUUGGGGCCACGUCGAUGCUGCUGAUGCUGACGCUGCUGCCAAGUAUUUCGCCCAGACUGGCGCUAUUGGCAAGAUUGGCAUCACAGGCAUUAGCUCCGGCGGCUACAAUACUCUUCAGUGCGUGACCCGGUUCCCCAACACUUUUUCUGGAGGCGUUUGUGUGUCUGGUAUCUCGGACCUGAAACAGUUUGAUGGGAAAACGCACAAGCUCGAGUCGCAUUACACUGCGAAACUACUCAGGCUGACAAAAGACAUAAGCGAUGAGGAGAGAGACGAGAUCUACAAGGAACGAAGUGCGCUAUACCAUGUUGAUGAGAUCAAGUCGCCUCUGCUGUUGUUGCAUGGUCAAGAAGAUACAGUUGUGCCCCUUGAACAGGCACGGCUAAUCGCAAAGUCGCUUAAGGAGAGCGGCAAAGGCGUAAAGAUUGUGGAAUUUCCAGGUGACGGACAUAUGCUUGAGCAUCCGGAGAGUGCAAAGGGAUGGCUGCUGGAGGAGGAGAAGUGGUGGAGGAAGACGCUA